CAAACAAUAGCAAGUGGUGAAUAUUAGCAGUUGGCAGCGUGGCGAUAUUUAGCAACCCUGCCAUUGUGUAGCCUGGCAACACCAACAACGCCAUACUUCUAAAAUGCUUUUUUCGGGCCAGUUUACAUUAUCCGCAUAAAAUUUAAAAACAGUAAAAGCACGUAAAAGAAGUAUUUAUAAAGUUUUAACGUAGCAAAUAAACUAAAUGUUACUGCCAUAGUUCAUAACGUCAAUGUAAUUAAUACGCUAAAUUGUUGCGAAAACGCAUUUUUCUGGGAAAAAGCGAUAGCAGAAAAAUUAAGAGUGUGGUGAAUAAAACCGUUUUACGCAUUUUACUGUGUUAGUCCAUCAGCUGCGGCUGUCAAAAAGUUGGCGUGCCGUGGUGGAUAGGCGCAAGCCGAAAACAAAACACGACCAAACACUAUGAACAACAUUCUGUAAACAAUAAUAAUAAAAGAGCGUGUGUCUCGUGUGUGACUGCGAAAUGGAUAAGCGCUUUAAACGGCCAAUGAACCAACAGAGAGGUGGUUAUGUGGAUCAACAAAACUACGGCCAACAUGCACCAAGAUCCGCCUAUCAGCAGCCCUACAAUAACUACACACGCCCCAAUCAUAACUACAACAGCUACAACAAUAAUGGCAAUAACUAUUACAAGCCCCCGCCACCGCCGCAGCAGCAGCAGCUUACAAAUAUCAGAGGUGGUGGCGGGUGCGGUGGCGGCUGGUUGGAGCCGGCACCGAUGCCGGACUGUGGAAACGCCAGUAACGGUUCGGAUGUGGUCACAUUAAUAGUGGAGAACAACAAUUUGAAGCGCAUGAUUGUGCUCCAUCUGAAUGUUAUGCAGGAUCAGACCGAAAGUAUAUUGGACAAAGACAAAGAGUUGGAGGAUAAAAAUGCACGCAUCAAAACGUUGCUCGCCCAGAACCAGGAGCAGAUGCAGCAGAUAGCCAAACUUACCCUAACUAUUGAGGAUCUGCGCAAGGAAUUCCGUAGACACAUGAAGCGGUCGGCUUACGAUACUGAUGGACAGCCCAAGCUGAAAUCUCAAUGUGUUGCGGAUAAACAAACCCAGACACCGGACUUUGUCCCAAAGGAGACGGUGCUUCAUGGCUAUAAACAUGGGACACAUUUGAAGCAAACACAAAACGUGUUGGUUACGUCCGUAACGGAUUUGCCGCCUACGACACCUGCUUUUGAGAAUAGUAAGGUGCGCGGCGAGUUCAAUGGCGGCAAAAAGGUGAGAACCUUUUUCUUGCACCGUGUGCAUCAAGAGGAGGAGCAGGAGCAACAACAGGAGGAGGAGGAGGUACAGCAGCAGGAAGAGGAAAGAGAGAAACAGCAGCAGGAGCAAUUGCAAUUGCAGCUAGACGAUGAUGAGUUACACACACACAUGGACCUUGGAGAUGUAGAGGAGGAAGAGCUGGAGGUGGAAGUGGACGAGGAGGAGGAGCAUAUCUAUCACGAUGCGCUUGAUACGCAUGAAAUGGAAAUAGUGACUGAAACAAUUAUUGGCGCCGAGGAGGAGCUGGGCGCCGAAGAGACUGCCGAAGAUAAUGAUAACAUUAACAAUGGCCACAUGUACGAAGAGGAGGUCGAGAUGGAGCAGGAAAUUGUUAACAAUUGCGAUGCGGACAAUCUCUGGCAGCACGAAGCGGAUGCGGAGGAACAGCGACUGUGGCACGCAGAGUUGGACAGCCAGAUGGAGCUGGAAGAUCAGCAGCAAAACCACAUUGCAACGCCUCCCCCUCAACAACAAUCACAAUUCACAGAUGACGAUAUUGAUAAUUCGUUAUUCCAAGUGCAAAAAUGUGAUGAACCGAUCCACACAAAGCUGCAAAAUGCACUAAGGGAACCAAACAUGCAAGGGGCGUCCAUAAAAUCAAAUGUGGACGAAAUAGCAACAAAGCCACGCAAAUUAAGGUUGCCAGCGACGCCGUCUAAAGCUGUAGCCAAUCAUCAGGCAACCAAGUCGCAAAUGGAAGCCACAAAGAAGGAGCGAAAUUCAGCUAAAUCAGCGAAGCAGCCGCCAACGGGGACACAGAAUGCAGCAACAGCAAAUGAUAAAGCGAUAUUGGCCAAGCCAACGCUGCAGCAACGGGAGCUGGAAAGGCAACAAGAGAGGGAGCAGGAACAGCAGAGGGAGCGGGAGCGGGAGCGUGAGCAGAAACAGCAAAGGGAGCGAGAGCGUGAGGUGGAAGAGCAAAGAGAGCGAGAGCGUGAACUUGAAGAGCAGAGGGAGCGAGAACGUGAGCUGGAAGAGCAGAGGGAGCGAGAUCGUAAGCUGGAAGAGCAGAAAGAGCGUGAGCUGGAAGAGCAGCAAGAGCGUGAUCUGGAAGAGCAGAAAGAGCGUGAGCUGGAAGAGCAGCAAGAGCGUGAGCUGGAAGAGCAGCAAGAGCGUGAGCUGGAAGAGCAGCAAGAGCGUGAGCUGGAAGAGCAGCAAGAGCGUGAGCUGGAAGAGCAGCAAGAACGUGAGCUGGAAGAGCAGCGGGAGCGUGAGCGGGAAGAGCAGCUGGAGCAUGAACUGGAACAGCAGCGGGAGCGGGAGCGUGAACAGCAGCUGGAAAGCGAGCAGCAAAAGGAGCGCGAGGAGCAGCUGGAGCGGGAACAGCAGCUAGAGCACAAGCAACAGCUGGAACGCGAAGAGCAGCUGGGACGGGAACAGAAGCUGGAAAGGCAACAGAAGCGGAAGCGGAAACAGCUAAAGAAGCGUAAAAAGAAGCUGGAGCAGGAUCAGCAGGUGGAGCGUGAUCAGCAGGUGGAGCGAAAACGACCGAAGAAGCGUGAACAGAAAAAGGAGCUGCUGAAAAAGCGCGCAAAUAAAAAGGAGCGUAAAAAACAUGCCGAGCGUAAACAAAACGUCGAGCGUGCACGCGUCAAGAAGCCAAAACAGCAGCUAGAACAGGCACGGGAACGGAAACAGAAGAAGCAACUGGAAAGGGAGCGUAAAAAACGUGAAAAGCAGGAGAAAAAACAAAGAGCGGCGCAAGCAGUGGAACCCAACAUUGAAGAGGAGACGAUGCGCAAACUACACGAACAUCUGCAAAAGCAGCAACAACGACUGCAAAACCAACAGCAACAAUUGCCGCUGGUGCGGCUCAAGAAGUCACCAAUGCAGACGAGCGGCAAUACCAGCCUAAUAUAUCCACCCAUAGCGCAGACGAGCGCCACAAUAACACCCGCGCCCUCACCAACAAAUGUUGCGUCGCCCAAGUUGAAGCUGGUGAACAACAACAACAACAACAACAAUAACAGCAGCAACAGCAACAACAACAGUACAACAUUAACAAAAGUUACAUCCGUAACAUCAGUAACAAUCAUACAAACGCCGCUGACGCCGCAGUCCAUUAGCAGCGUCGGCAGCAGCAGCAAUAGCAGCAGCAGCAACAACAACAGCAGCAGCAACACCAACAACACCAACACUAGCGAAACUAGCGAAACUAGCGACAUCUACAAGCGCUCGAGCAGCAUCAGAAACAACUCGAAGUUCCGCACAUCGCUGCAGCCAUAUACGACACGGUCCUGGGAGGAUCAAGAGUUUCAUUGUGACAAUGAAUUCUUUCUGGAGGAGGCCGAUGAGCUGCUCGCCGACAAUCCCAGUCUGGAGAUACCCAAAUGGAAGGUGGUGCAUAUACCACGCUCUGCGAAUCCCAAGGGCAUAGAGUCGCUCAGCGAUGCGGACUUUGUGCGUCGCCACGAGAAGUAUGUGCGGGAUGAGAUUGAGCGCAAGAAGCGCGAUGCACGCUACUUACGGGAACAGAUGCGCAGCGAGGCGUUGCGUUUGCGUCACAAUCAGGAUGAGGUGUUAAUACCGCUCGAUCCACUGCCAACGUCCACCUUCUAUCCGCUGCCCGAGGAUAUUGAGGGCAUACAGUUCGUUACCGAAGUGCCUGUCCAGGCGUUUGGUGAGGAUAUGAUUAACCUGAAACCGGAAAGCGAACACUUCUCGCUGCCCUGGCUGGAUGCGGUGCAUGCGCCGACAGCGGAUGCCCGAACCAAGGCGCAGGCAGCGCCCGUCGCGACGUUGGGCAGCAAAAAGCUGCCCACAACGGCCGCCGAGGCGCGACAUCAGGAGAUGAAUUCAUCGUAUGUGUUCCUCAAGCGACGCAAACGUCAGCGGCGACGUUAGGCUCGCAACAGCAGCAGCAGAUGCCGCAUGCCGCAUGCCACAUGCCACAUCACACCUGCUAAAGCCCACACAUUGACGUUGCAUAGUGCUGAUAUAUAUUUAUAUAUACAUAUAUAUAUCUAUAUCUAAUUUUUUUUUAAACCCCCUUUUUUUUUUAUUAAAUUUAAUUUGUAACAAUAAUAAAUAACAGUCGUUAGUUUCUAGAGACUUUAAAGUGUGGAACAAGCUCGAACGUUCAGUUUGAGCUUGCUUCAAAGGACGUAAACAAAACUUAUGUUAAAUAUUUAUAUAUACAGUCAAAAACAAAA